GUGGACUUAAAAAGAGGGCUGGGUAAAAGUAGGCGGACAGAUAGAUCCUAGUGUUUGUGCAUUUAGACUCUGAGUCUGAGAGUAGUAUCCUUGAGAGCAGGAGGAAUUCGACUUGAAGAGACCCACAGCCAUCAAACACACAGUCAUCAUGCUGAUUCUCCUCGCUGCCAUCUUUGCCCUUCACAUCAUAGGCAUCAUCCUCCUCCUGGUGGCCACCAUUGACAAUGCCUGGUGGGUGACUGAUACCUACACCACUGAUGUGUGGGCCCGAUGGGUUCUGGAAAAAAGCGGCGUGUGGAACUACACUGAUCUUCCCACAGGCUCGCAUUACCCAGAGGAUUACCUCCAGGCAGUGCAGGCCAGCUCUAUACUUGCUUGUAUAUUCUCCAUCCUGGGCAUCUUUGUGUUUGUGGCUCAGCUCUUCACCCUCAGCAAAGGACAGAGGUUCACCAUCUCCGGCAUCUUCCAGCUCCUCGCCUGCCUGUGCAUCAUGAUCGCAGCCUCCAUCUACACAGACCGCUUCCACCUCAAUGAGAACUUUGGUUGGUACGGUCACUGCUACAUCCUGGCGUGGAUCUCCUUCGCGCUCACGUUCAUCUCCUCCAUCACUUACUUUGUGCUACGCAAGAAGACAGCGUGAGAAGGACACUAGAACUAGCUCCAACCAGCCCGAAACCUUUGGCCGGAUCUACUCUUUCAGCUAAAAUCUGGUUUUAGUCAUGUGUGGGUUGGUGUUUACAUUUACAUGUUUGGGACCUCAGAUUUGAGCUGCUUGUGUAUAUUCAGCCACAGCCAUAGCAGACCUGUUGAUCCUCUCAAAUACACACUAGUGCUUCGCUGAGUCUGCUGUCAGGGCUUCACGCUUUGUGGAGUGUUUUGGAUAUUCCUGCAGCAAAAGGCAGGCUCAGUCAAUCACACUGGUAUUUGAGGGAGUUUUCAACCCAGAGUUGGGGCUGGAUUUCUCGAGGGCAUCUGAAAGGAUUAAGAAUAUUUUUGCCGUCAACUGCACAAAAUUUGCCUUGAUCCGUAUAAGAUGCUACGAUAAAUUAAGAUCUAUCAUUUUUUUGUGGUUUAUAAAAAAAGCAGGUUGAAGAGUCAAAUCUGUGGUCUUUUUUUUGUAAUGUAUAUUUACAUAUGGAUAUGAGUCUUGGAUAAAAAUGGGUGAGUUUAUCAUUUUAGUUUGUUAUAUUAUUUUAUUGUUAGUUCACCAAUUUGUGUUUCAUAUAUCUGCUCUGAUCUUACUUUACAUAACAUGCCACUAAUAAAACAGAGUGUAACUACGAUGUGAUUGCAGUACUUGGCAAAGCUGUGCUGUUCUGAAGUCUUAAAAAAAUCGAUUGAUGUGUCACCUGUUGUAGAUUUGCGUGUGAUCUAAUGAUAUGACUAUGCAAUGAUAUCAAGUGUAAAAUCCACUAUAUAAUGCAGUUUGCAGUUAUUUCUGAUAGAGGAAAACAACAAACCAGACUAUGUGUUGAAGUACAGAAGGAACUCUUACACUUCAUUAUGGCAUUGAUAGUCUUGAACUCCAAAGUAGAAAGGCUAAAACUAAUCUUCUGUUACACUCAUCUAGUAUGUAUGAAACUUGCCAUAACUGAACUAAUCAGUAUAAUGUAAUGUAAAUCCAACCAUGUGCCUGUAAUAUAUCACACCUUCACAACCUCUCAUCUACUUUCAGCCUUUGUCAAAUCAGCUCCGUUUCCUCUCGGUGUGACAGAAAGGCAACUGCCUUGACUCUUAAAGCGUGAGAUGUAGUGUGUAAAUAUGUUUCAUUUCCCAUAAUGCUCUAUGUCUAAUGCUGUUUUAUUUUUGCUACUGUUAUUUCUCAUUAUAUAUGACAAUGAUUUUUACAAUAUUAAAACUUGAUUUUCAACCAGU